UAAUAGUAAAGGCCACCCUACUGGGAUCUGAGCGCGUCACCCGAAAAUACAUCACACAGUCCUAGACACUUGGGAAGUGUUCAACUUGUGAUUUUGUGAUACAAAAUCCAGCAUGUUUAUCUUGUUUGCUGUGUCAUACAAUAAAAUAAUAAUUGGAAGAGAAGACGAGAACCUUUGGGUCGUUAGACCAACCCCCUUCUUUUGUGCCGUGGGGGCCGGUUAAAUGGCUUCGAUGGGCCGCAUGUGGCCCCCGGGCCUUAGUUUGGGGACCCCUGGCUUAGAUAAACAGUGAGCUGGGCUUGAGGUCGAGUGCUCACUCCGACCGGGCUUCGAACCGGCCAAGUUUCGUUUGGUAGAUCUUACAACUGCUGGUGAUUUACUAGCUGUGCUAUAACUCAGCCCUGGAGAUUCCCACCCAGUACCUUUGAAUUUUGUUCUUUCUGAGCUUCCUGGGAAAUUCUAAAGAGACCAUAACUGCAUUGGAUCAGGAGCUAUAUCAAUGGAGAGAAAAAGGAUCAGGCACCGGAAGGAUAUUCCCAUUGUGCCAUUAGAGACUUUCCGUCUCUAAUGAAAAAAGUGGAUUUCUUUUCUUCUUUCCUCUUUCAGCAACCCCCUUCCGUCCCACAUCAUUGAGGAAAAAAGCUGAUUUGCAAAUAUAAUUGUGCAAGAGGUGGGAUGGGGGACAGGAGAGGAAGUUUUAAGACCAAGCUGUUCAUUUCAUGCUAUUAAUUGAAACCCUCCGGGAGAUAAUGUGUUCCUUCUCUUAUCUGAGCCCUCUAAGCCGCUAUUAAAAUGAUCCUUUCGACUCCGCUUCUGGCCAAUGAGCUCUGGAUGAGAUUAAAGCAGCAGCUCGAACAGAGCCAACCUGCCUUGCCUUUCUCUCCUCUCCCUGGGAGUCCCCAUGGAUUUUUCAACAUGGCAUUUGAUGGACAUCGUUGUCUGCUUUCCUCCAAUGUACCACCUACUUUGGGAUUCAGGAAAUUGUAUUUAUUUACGUAUUUACAGUAUUUAUAUUCCGCCCUUCUUUCUCACCCCAAAGGGGACUCAAGGCGGAUCACUAUGUACAUAUACAUAGCGAACAUUCAGUGCCAUUAGACAUACCAUAUACAGACACAGACACGGAGGCAAUUUAACAUUUUCCAGCUUCCGGCGUCAUGAGGGUAUGCUCGAUCCCGGCCACAGGGGGAGCUGCCGCUUCAUCGUCCACUUGUGACACUGAGUCAUUGAUGGAGUACUUCCUUAUUCUUCCGCAUGCUGCUGGACAGUUUUUUGUAAUGUUGUAAAUGUUAAUGUGGAUUUGUGGAUAAAUUACUCUGACAGUAAAUUGGUUAAAUUAGCCUCCCCACAUAAAGCGAUACCUAAGUUUUCUACUCGACAGAAGCAACUGUCUUUCAAGUUGCUUAGGUCAACGACAAGCUAGGCUAUUAAUGGUCAGGGGCUCAAUCUGACCCGGGCUGGCUUUGAACUCGUGACGUCUUGGUCAGUAGUGAUUUAUUGCAGCUGGCUGCUAACCAGCUGUGUCACAGCCGGGCCCUGGAAAGAUGGUUAAACAGAGGGUGGUAGAUCAGGCAUGGGCCAACUUGGGUCUUCCAGGUGUUUUGGACUGCAACUCCCACCAUUCCUAACAGCUUCAGGCCCCUUCCUUUUCCCCCUAAGCUGCGGAGAAGUCUUUCUCUAGGGAAGCAAGGUCAGAGGCCGAAAUGAAUUCAGAGGAUGAAAUCCCAGAUGGAGAGGAUAAUGAGCUGAUAGAUAGGAGACUUCACUUUCUUAUACUGGGAAUGGCAAGAAUUUCACCCAUCGGCAUUCCACGGGAAGCUAGACCUCUACAUGGGAAGCUUCUUGAUCCUGUUCAGUAGGCAUGGGCCAACGUAGGCCCUCCGUCCAGGUGUUUUGAACUGCAACUCCCACCAUUCCUAACAGCCUCAGGCCCUUUCCUUUAAUUAUAUUAAUUUAAGCUAAGGCUCUACCAAGAACCCAUGAGGUCAUUCCUUUGGCACCUGGCUUAAGUGGCUGAGGAGGAAAAGGAAGGAGCCUGAGGCUGUUAGGAAUGGUGGGAGUUGCAGUCUAAAACAUCUGGAUGGCCCAAGUUUGCUUAUGGCUGGUCUACACUCGUGUAUGGCAGCGUAGAUGGGGCCAUAGGCAAGUGAUCAUGCAUUGAGUGUUGUGAACUUUGAUCAUGGAUCUCCUUCGAGAGGAUUUUAUAGACGGAGUAGUAUAGGUCCCAGGUAAGAAUGUGACAUGCAAAUGAGGUGGGUGUGUCCACGUUGCAGGUGGGUUUAUGACAUGUGAUGGAAGUGUGACUGCACGGAUGUCAUGAAUCAACACGCUGCUCAAAGAUUCUGCCACAAUGAAGCCUUUGUCUGAGCGGACGGGAUAAGACGGCCAGUUUUGGACUGAUGUUGCUGAGGUCCUUCUUCCUCCUCUUGGCCUUCUCGCAGCCAGCGAGUGCUGGAAAGGGAGACCCAAAACACAACAAUACGGUAAUCAUCGGCAUGAGGUUGGAGGGCAGUUCCAAGCCAGGAGCUGAAAGCUCAACUGAAGGCAUCAUCCAAGUCUUUGAAGAUAGUGUCAUCCAGCUUCGAAUCUUUGGCCAUGGCAUCCAUGAAUCCACUUGGGAGAUUGUCUAUUUUGCCGUGUUGGCGACAACCGAGCCCAAUUUCCACGUUAGCAAUGAUAGCGUCUGCCUUGAGAAGAGCAGCGACUUGGUGGUGCAACCAUACAGUCGGGACGUCCAGGAAACGUCUGCCAUUCUGUCCAUUGCAGUCCGGACUCUGCGCAGGGACGUCCACUCCAAGAACUACGUCUUGUGCCUCGAUACGGGUUCUGGGCAGCCACAGCAGCUGGUCGACAGGCACAAUCUCUUCAUCCAAGUGUUGGAGGACAUCAAACUGGAGCUCCCGCUCUGGCUCAUCAUCAUCUUAAUGAUCGUACUCUUGUCGCUCUCGGGCAUCUUCAGCGGGCUCAACCUGGGCCUGAUGGCUCUGGAUCCCAUGGAGCUGCGCAUCGUGCAGAAAUGCGGCAAGCCCAACGAGAAAAUAUACGCUGCCCGUAUUGAGCCGCUCCGUCGGAAGGGCAAUUACCUGCUGUGCUCUCUGCUGCUCGGUAAUGUUUUGGUCAACACGUCUCUGACGAUCAUUUCCGACAUUCUCGUCGGCACAAACAUUGUGGCCAUUUCGAUCGCAACGGCGGCCAUCGUCGUCUUUGGAGAGAUCAUCCCACAAGCCCUCUGCUCCCGCCAUGGCCUGGCCAUAGGGGCCAACACGGUGGUCCUCACCAAGCUUUUCAUGUUGUUGACCUUCCCAGUCUCUUAUCCCCUCAGUAAAGUCCUGGACUGGGUGCUUGGCAAAGAAAUAGGCACCAUAUACACCCGAGAGAAACUGAUGGAGAUGCUGAAACUGACGCAGCCCUACAACGACCUCUUGAAGGAGGAGCUGAAUAUCAUCCAAGGAGCCCUUGAGCUGAGGACUAAGACCGUGGAAGGUGUCAUGACGCCCUUGGAAGAAUGCUUCUUGAUCAGCAGCGCGGCCGUCUUGGACUUCAACACCAUGACGGAGAUCAUGGAGAGCGGCUACACCCGCAUCCCUGUCUACGAGAGAGAUUAUACCAAUAUUGUGGAUAUGCUCUACGUCAAGGAUCUGGCCUUUGUGGACCCGGACGACAAUACCCCCCUCAAGACCAUCACUAAGUUUUACAACCACCCAGUCCACUUUGUCGCCCACAAUACCAAACUGGAUGCUAUGCUUGAAGAGUUCAAGAAAGGUAAAUCCCACCUGGCCAUUGUCCACAAGGCGACCAAUAUCGAAGGCGAGCACGAAGUGAUAGGUGUGGUGACGCUGGAGGAUAUCAUCGAGGAGAUCAUCAAGUCCGAAAUCCUGGAUGAAUCUGACAUCUCCGCCGAGAACCCCAGCAAAAGAAGACCCAACAGUGCACGGCGGUGGGACUUCUCCGCCUUCAGGGCCGUCGGCAAUGAAGCCAAGAUCUCCCCGCAGCUCCUCCUGGCCGCCCACCGCUUCCUCUCCACAGAGGUGCAAUGGUUCCACCCGAACAUCAUGACUGAGAAGUGCCUGCUGUGCCUCCUGAAACACCGAGACGUCAUCUGUGAGCUGAAGUUUGACGAAGAGAACAAGGAAGCCCCCCACCACUACCUCUACCAAAGGAAUAAGAUCGCCGACUACUUCAUCCUCAUCUUGCAGGGGAAAGUGGAAGUCGAGGCUUGCAAGGAAAACAUGAGGUUCGAAAACGGACCCUUCUCCUAUUACGGGGUCAUGGCCUUGGGUCCCUUGCCUCCAAAAGAUACUAGUUCUGGAGUCCGCACGUGCAAUAUAAACCGUUCCAGCUUUGAGCACAUGGCGCAUGGCUUCAGCAGUUCUGGCAGCAGCAACCAAGUUCUGCCCAGCACCCACUUGCAGUAUAUGGCCGACUUCACAGUCCGCGCCCUCACUGACCUCCUAUAUAUCAAGAUCACACGGACGCAGUAUCAGGACGGUCUGCUGGCCUCUGUGUUGGAGACCAGCAUGGCCGUUCCUGACGGCCAAUCGACGGAAAGUGCUUCGAUUAAAAAGAAAGGUGAACUUGCCCCGCCGGGUUUGUCCCAAAGUGAAGAAAGGUAGCUUGUGUCAGAAUGAAGAUGGCUCUAUUUCUUUUGUAUGGACCACGCGGACCUGAUUCCGAAGAACGUCCCUGCUCCCCGUCCCAGCUGACCCUCUCCAGCAGUCGAAUCCCUUCGAGACAAUCACCGAGCAUCCUUACGAGAAGAAACACAAAUCGGAAACUCAGAAAUUGUGGUCUGCUUUCUGUUCGUUCCCUGCACAUCCCCUGUACCCUUUGUUUUGCUGUUGACCCUUAUAUGUCGUUAUUAUGGAUAUUUUUCUAUAAAUUGUAGCAAUUUGAGGAAGAUGGAAAAACAAUUUUAAUUGAGAAAAGUAAGGUUAAAUCUUCUAUCCCUGCCUACAGUAGACUCUCUCUCCUUUCCAGUAGCUUAUUUAAACCUAUAAACAUAAUAAAAGUGAAAAUAUGUC